AUGAAUCCUCCUAGAGCAGAAACCCCGGACUCGUUGAAUUUCAAAAAGCCGGUUUUCCAUGAAUCAAUGGGAGACAGUGUUGGUAGAAGAAAGAAAGUGGCAUGUGUAGAGUGUCGACAGCAGAAAUCCAAAUGUGAUGCUCACGAAAAGGCUCCGAAUCCGUGCACAAGAUGCACCAAAAAAAACAUACCAUGUGUGCUUCAAAAGGACUUUCGCAGGACUUACAAGAGGUUCAGAAACGAAGCUAUCGAGCAACGAUUCAAAGAGCUCACCAAAACUUUGGGUAACCUCGAUGCGGACGAAAUUUUGAGGAAAAUCGAGCUGGAGCAAGAAGUGCUGUUAGACCAGAAUAAUUUCACCAAAAACAAGCUGCGAAAGCUACGCCAAGAAGAUGACACUUUUUUAGAACCCGAAAACGGCAAAAGCCCCGUAUCCACGGAUUCGCUCCGAAAUGCAAGGCAGGGAUGUACUUCUAAAUCUCUGGGCGAAAUUUAUAUAUCUGCAGAAGACAUCGGCGAGCUCUACGAAGAGUUCGUCUCCAGAUACCAUCCUUUCCUGCCAGUUGUCGAUGUAUCCAAGGGCCCGGAACGCAUAUAUGAAUUAUCCCCGUGUCUAUUCUGGGUGAUUAUGCUAGUCGGACUGCGACGAAAAUUCAAGGCUUCUGGGAUCAUGACCAAACUCUCGACCUUGGUCAAGUCCAUCCUCGCAGAAAUAACGAUCUCGCCCAUUAUCAGAUACGCACCUAUGGAGAGUGAUGAGCCCGUUUUGAACGUGGCGUCUGUGUAUUCUGUUCAGGCUUUUUUGCUGUACACUUUUUGGCCUCCGCUGACGUCGUCCUUGAGCGCAGAUACCUCUUGGAACACCAUUGGGUCUGCCAUGUUUCAAGCCAUUCGCGUCGGUCUCAACUGUGCAGAAUACUCGACAGAGUAUGCGACUGCGAACUCUGAACAAAUACACGAACAAGUAAAGACAUGGAUCUGUUGCAAUAUCGUCUCACAAACGAUAGCCUCAUCGUUUGGAUUCCCGGCAUUCGUCUCUUUCGACCACACUGUGAUAAGUGCCUGCAGAACUGUACAGCGCCCUCCGUCUAAUCACAGGGACAUGGAAAUCGCGGAAAGUAUCAAACAAAUGAUGUACAUCGCUCAUUUCGAAAACCAACUAACCAGGACCAUGAAUUCCAAUCCUCUGGAUGUUAUGGGCAUGGUUUCUGGAGCCGAAAAGCUCCCGUUGUUGCGCGUUCUAGAGCAGCAGCUGGGAGAGCUGGAGAUUAGGCUUCGAGACAGCAAAUUAGAUGACAUCAGAAAAUUCCUGCUACUGGUGGCCAAGGUUCAUUUGCUGACUUAUACUUUCACUGGUGAUACGUCGCAAGAUGGAUCGCUCGGUGCAAAAUCGCUUGAAGUGACACUCCGAGAUACGGAGAUUGAUUUUGAAGCUAAAGCCGGAUUUGUAAAGGUUUACAAUGCCGCGAUUGAGCUCCUCACGCACACAACGUCGAUGUGUAAAUUGACUCCACAUCUUAUCAAAUCUUUUCCCGGAGUCUUUGUCCUUAAUAUCUGGCAGAGCGCCUGUAUCAUCAGUAAGCUGUCGCACUCGUCCUUGAAUUCAGUUCUGAAUCUGCAAAAGGGAAAAGAAAUGUAUCAGGAAGCCAUAACUUUGACAAGCGCUGCUUCAGUCUUGAAAUAUGACAUGGCAUAUAGGUCUUCGGGGAUCAUGAAAAGCAUAUGGAGGAUGUUUAGUAACAUGCACGAGCGUUGGAAAAUUGAACAGGCAGAAGCAGCGGAUCGAUCCCCAAAGAAUUUCAAUUUGGAGAUUACGAUAAGGUCUAGAAUGUCGGCAAGCGUCUUCUUCGACUGUCUUUACAAACUUCGUGAGAAAUGUGGGAUGGCAAAACUCAAGAGAGAGCUACGGCCGGACUCGGACGAGAAUGAACUUGAGUUCAAUGCGACCGGGUACGAAAACGGCGGGAAAGAAGAUCAAAAUAUGUCUUCACAUGAAAGAGUGGAUGAUAAUGCCCGGAAACUAAUAAAAACCAUCCCACUGGACCCCGAGCCUAUCAAUGCACCAGCCACCACUACCACCACCACUAGCAGCAACAGUCCCAAAAUCCAAAAUACCGAGGCCUCGGACGUUGUGUCACUAAGAAGCAUUUUGAACAAAAGAGUCAACCGUUCUUCAGGCUUGAAUACUGCAAAUCGAAUGGAAGAUGCCAACAACAAUGCUCGCGAGGGACCUUUUGUCGAGUCUCUAAGUUUCACACCCGAUCCUCUAAUCGACCGCAGACUGUUUGCCGAAAAUACCGAGUCCAAAAGCACUCCAAAGUCUCACGAACACGAACACGCGACUGUGUCGUCGUCAAAUCGCAGCGACUCACCUGUCCCGCUAGAUCGGUGGGACAAUUGGGAAUCCGAUAGCGUGUGGAAAGACGUUGAUAUCUUGAUGAAUGAAUUCGCGUUCAAUCCUACGCUAUGA